AGGAGCUGAUCAGCGAAGAAAACUCGUCCCGGGUUUGCAUCAAAUUUCCUUCAAUAGAUUUUUCUGGUGCCAUAAUUCCUAUUUGCUUUUGCAACCAAACAAGUUUCCUUUCGCGCUGGAAGAUUUUUUGUUUCGUUAACGUUAUCCGUUGUGGUGGAGGAGCCAGCCCUCCGACACUUGUGAAAGUAGAAAAAAAUUACCGUACGGUAAAAUUCCAGCAACUUCCUCCACAAUGUUUCCGUCGUCAAUGAAGAUCACGAUCAGUUUUCUUUCCCUCGUCCUCCAAACGACCUCCAGUCGUGCGGUCGUACUUAUCCCCUCGGUGGACGUGGUGGAAACCUCGAAAGGCCGCUUUUUGUCAUCUUCAAAACUGCAGCUGCGCCACCGGAAGAGCAACAAAGUCGUGUCCUCCGACCUCAAGGGCAGGAGAGAGAAGAUGAAGACGAGCAAUGAAGCAGGAGGGCGUGGUGGACGUGGACCUCCAAGUACUAGUAGUGCGACAACGGGAAAAAUGCCAAUGAACUCCGACUCUAUUUUGCCUUCAUCUACAACUCCGGGGAAUUAUAACGACUUGCAGGGUCGCGGCGGAAAACAGGAUGAAAGCAGUGCUUCAAUGUUGCAGCAGCAAAAACCAGCCUCGCUUUUGCAAAGGAAAAUCAAGAAGGCAGCUCACGUGCAGCCGAAGAUGUUGUCCAGGGGGUAUGAUUUGUCGGAAACAGCAUCCUCGAAAACGUCGGACGAAAAUAAAAACUGGAAGGUUCCUUCUAAAGAACCAGAAAUGCAACAAGAAGACUUGAUGCACAAGAAAGUGCGCCGGAAGACGAGGCGCCUGACCGCUACCGGGCGGAAAAAGGAAGAGGAAAAUGAGAAUGGAAGUGCAGCAUUAGCACAAUUGCAGCUGCAAAAAGAGCAAGAGCAGGCAAAGCGUGUUGAGCAGCCGGAGUUGGGGGUUGGCGCGCGAGCAGCCACAGCUGCCUUUCCGGUUCCUUCCAUUGGGUCGUCACCCACAGAGGUUACCUUUAGUACCGUCGGCCAACAACUACAGGUAGGAUCUGGGCAAAACACGGCGGCCCAGAUGAUGAACUACGGGGCGCAAAACCAAAUCCAGAACCAGCAACAAGCCUGGCAAAAUUAUAACGGGCAAAUCAACCAAAUCAACCAAGGCGUUGUGCCGCUGCUACAAUCUUCUCGAGCUGGGCGCAGUGAAGAUGGGAGCGCUUGUUGCGGCGGCAACACGGGUGCCAACCGGGUACCGCCAGUUCCCGUUGGAGGAAUUACUACCCCCGUGGUGCUCGGAACUUCGGCGGAAGGCACGAUGGUGCUCGGCGGUGCCCCAUCUGUGGUCCCGACUUCCACCGGCUCUAGCACGACGACGACGACGACGAUGGAGCCAAAGCUGCAGGCCCGAAGGAACGGGUUGCGAGUGUGCGUGCCGCCCGAGGGCCAAGACUCCGACGACGACUGGCGACGGUGUAACGCCAAGCAGGGGGACUUAGCCGCGGACUGCGGCACAGACUGCAUGGCCGUAGACGGGCCGCCUUUCGGGUUUCUGAACGCGCUCGGGACAAACGGGUGCGCGUUCAACACCUGUGGCUUCGACGGAAAGUCCGUGGCGCUCCGCGGCAUGAGCUGGUUCUGGUCUAACUGGAGCAAAUACGCAUGGCGGGAAGACGUGGUGGAGCAGCUGCGCAACAAUUGGUGCGCCACCAUCGCCCGGUUUGCCAUGGGGGCGGGGGACAAGUGGGAGGGAGACAGCCCCAACCUGAUGAAGAUGAUGACCAAGAAGGCCCUGCGGCUGAGUAUGUACGCCCUGCUUGAUUGGCACAUCGAGGGGGCGGCGGGGGACGCGAACCAAGCCGAGCAAUUUUGGGACGAGAUGGGGCAACUGUUCGGGAAGUACCCGAACACGCUGUUUGAGCCCUGGAACGAGCCGCGGAACGAGAACCCCUGGGGCGAGCUAUCCUGAGCGAAAAUGUCCCCACCCCAUAGUCAAGAUGGGAAGUCUGCUGGACAAAUCAACCACACUUGGCUGUUGCGCAUGACGCGUUUGGUCUCGUAGUGUAAUGCUGUCGAGCUAGUUGUACUUCAGCAGCAUCACAGAUCUAGCGCACCGUGCUGAUUGUAGCAUCACAAAUCCCAAAAGACGACUAGAAAUUGCUUCUCAUGUUGGGGAUCCGCAUGAAAAACAUUUCAAGCAUGCAGAUUUGCAUGACAACUAGGGCGGAGACGUUUUUUACAAGGAUAUGAGCAGUGUUUUCCCUGGCACGACCGCAUGAUCAAGAAGAUCCGGCAGUACUCAGACAACAUCAUCGUGCUGGGUAACCCCGUAUCCACUGCAACUACUACGUCAUCUGGGUCCUCUGGAAGACUGCAUGGAUUUGUCAUGCCUGUCUGACAUGAUUCUGUUGAUCUCUGUGAUGCAUUAUCAGGAAAAUAAUAUCCUCGUCUGGCCUGUCAUCGUCAUGUAAAGCCAUGCGGAAUACCUAACGCACUGUCUGUCUGCCAUGCGGAAUACCUAACACAUUUUAGCAGCGGAGAAACUUGUCAUGCUUGGCUUCGUGUUCUUGCAGAAACCGCCCAUUCCUCGCCUUGUAGCAUCACAAGCUUCCAGUUUCGCAUCCAGACAUAUUUUUGCCUGUGAUACGCGGAGUGGUCCCACAAACCCCACGAAGCGGUUCCCGAUGUGACGGCGCAAGCGUGGAAGGACGUGCCAAACUAUCAAAUGCAAAAAUGUCUGGGUCUGGAAGAAUGCAACUUGUCAUGCUAAAUCUGAAGCAUGCAAAAAGCUGUGUUGCAUGAUUGCCAAAAGUCGUCCAGAUCUGACCAAGUCGGGAGGGAGUUUCUCAUGCAGGAUAGGCAUGAGAGAGAUCGCACAGAAUCUGUCGUGCUAGGUUCUGCAUUCCAGACCUCAUGGGUCAUGGAAAAGCUGCAUGACAAGUCGCGCAUUCUUCCAGACCCAGACAUUUUUGCAAUCCAUACAAACCUCCAGAUCACCAUUCACCAGUACGCCGCCAGCUCCCAGCCGGUGGGUCUAUCAACUGCAAAAAUGUCUGGGUCUGGAAACUUGUAAUGCUGCGUUGGGAGUAGUGAAUGCUCUGUAAUGCACAGGCAAGCAUGAGAAAUAUCUGCGCUUUUAUGUGCUGCGUUUUUCGCAUGACAAACUGCGUUUUUGCAUGACAGGCAAAAGGGUCUCUUCUUGGACACGCAUCACAAACUUUUUGGUCAUGCCAGACAAGCAUGACAAAUCUCGCAAUCUUCCAGACCCAGACACUUUUGCAUUCGAUAGGGUCAUGGCUACGACAGCACCUUGCAAUCGCUGAAGGAUGCCGGGCGGGGCGGGCUCUUCAUGACGGAGUGCGGCGUGUGCGAAAACAACGGCGAUGGGCGGCUCGACAAGAAUUCGUUCUCCGGCUGGGCGGACUGGGCGGGCAGCGAGGGCAUCGCGGUCUGCAUGUUAUGCAUUGCAAAUAUGUCUGGGUCUGGAAGGUUGGGACUUGUGUUGCUAACUUUGGAUUCUAAAAAAAUCUGUAUUGCGUGACCAGCGAGAGGACCCCAGUUUGUGCUACGCGGGGAGGGCAUUUGUCAUGCGGGAUAGGCAUCAGGAAAGCCUCUAAAAAUAUGCGAUGCUAGAUCAUGCAUUACAGACAUCCUGAGUCAUGCAAAACAUGCAUUACAUAACGUCUUCGUUGGAGGAUGUGGCAGUGGACUCCUUUGACGCAGAAUGCUUUGGCCUGAUCGAGCAGUUAAAAGAAAUACAUGAGCAUUUAGAAAAAAGACCACUACUACGCAAAACACUACGCAGCUUUUGGUUUUUUCUAGACAGUAACAGCAUAGUGCAGGCCUUGGAGUGCUACGAUGACUCCUCCAACCCCAUGAUCCACCAAAUAAUGAAAAUCAUGGAAAUGAUAAAGGAACUCUGUGUGGGAAUCAACCCAAACGGGGAGGAGGAGGUCUGGUUCCACUUCAGGUGGACGCCAGGCCAUGCGAAAAUGGCUCUUAACGACUGCGCCGAUUUUUUGACCAACGCUUUUCAUAGGGCGUGGGUUGAUGGCCACCCACCAUCGGGUGCGCAAACGCAGCGCAAAUGGAUGACAGCGCCAAUUUUGAGGCGCCUCCUGGUUAAGCGGGUUCUUGAUGACAAAUUCAAAAAAUGCAACACCCUCCCAGAGUACAUGAAAAAAAGGGCGGAAGAGUUGGGAAGGUUCCGCCCACCGGUGGGAACCUUCCCGAACAAAGAAGCGGAAAUGCUGUAUUUUUGGAUAUGGCUCGGCUACGCUCCGUCGCCACACCUCGGUGGUGGUGAUGUAGUGUAUGAAAAUGGCUCCUGCCUGCAAAAGUGUAAGUUUUGUGACCGCAAGUGCCCCUGUGCUGUUGAUCAUGCACUUUUCGAGUGCGAAAAGCUUGAGGUGCCGCGCCUCAAGCACUUUGGCUUCGCCAGCAGGCCUCCGUCCCUCGCGCAGGGCAUGCUCAAAUCACCUCAAAAAAUCCUCCGCUUCGUAAUCGAUGAAGACACAAAGCUGACGCAUGACUUCUACAGGAACAAGGUGGGGGAGGUCAUAGACAACAUUUCCACAAGCAUUGAUAAGAAGCAAAAAAACCACAUGAGGCACAGCAACAUUUUCCAAGAGCAAAAAACAGCUGCAAGCAUGAAAGUAAUGACGAAGAUUCUUGAUGAAAAAUACCUGCGCUAACCAUGACAAACAUGCAAAGAAAUAUAUAAAAAACAAAAACAGGAAAAAACUUUUUGACUAUAACAUGACAAAUGAAUCAAGAGAGGACAGCCACAGCAGCAUCAACAUCUUCAAGAUAAACACCUCCGCCCGAGCUAGCGCCGGAUCAGGUACAUGUUUUGAUUAGUCAAUGCAUCGUUUAUCACAGUACACACCACUGCAGACGACAUGGAAAACCUGUAUAGAGAGCUCUUGUUUUUGCUUUUGACACAUAUGGAAAUAAAAUCAAAAAUUACUAAAAAUAUACAAAUCGCAGGUCCCGGCCAGUUGGGGAGAAUUCUGUGAACAUCAAUCGAAGGAAGCACAGCAGACAUUUAUACAAAAAGGCAAAAAGGCGUCAUAUACACCCUAGCUUGUAAAUCCUCUCGGUGCUAUUAGAGACGCUGAAGGCGGGUCGGUUAAGUGACAUGCGCUCACUAGAUUAACAUUGUACCUCGGCGCUCCCUAGUAAUAUAGAAUAUGCGCACUUUUCCGAUCUGCUUAUAGCCCCCCUCUGAAGCAACGUGAUCCCUUAUCUAGUAGCAAACAGCGACGCCCUCAACGUAAAGAUCCGGAAAUUGUCACUGCGUGCUCCUUCUCAAUCAAAAAAUCAAAAAAAACGAACAGGGAACAGGAAUGGGAAGUGUUGUAGUGGUAUUGUUGUUCGCGUCCAGUCUCGAAAGAAAGAGUAAGAUUUUAUAGGUUAGUAUGCGAGUAGUUGACUCAAAACAGUGAAAACAGAGCAUGAGUAGAUGUUGUCGAGGACAUCUAUUGCCUACUGUAUAUAGCAUUACUCCUGAGUCGAUUUUGUUGCUUACUGAUAGUUAUUUGCUGAUGUAGUACCUCCUACGCAACCACUUCUAGAAUUCUACCUACCUGUCUCCACAGUGUGUAUCUCAGAAUAUGUGUGCGUCCGUGUAUUUUUGUGUAUCUCAAAAUGCCUACAUAUCUUAUGAGUAUCUCAAAAUGCCUAUACAUUUUUAUGUAUCUCAAAACGAAAACGAACACUAGAAAGUUUGGCAAAACAAGAUAGUAAAAAAUGAUGGUCCUCACUGACGCCUCGUGGCGAAGUUCUAUAUUUCUCUCAAUGCCUCUGCAGCGUGUAGGGCAUGAAUUUGCUAUAAGAACAAAGGUAAGACAUAUUGAUAGAUGGUGAUCAUAUGAAAAGUGCAUACAAAAUCACUCUAGAAGCCAAAUUAGACAUCCACAUGAUAGGAUGCUGCGGAUGCAAGGAUAACUUUAAAAGUAAAAAGUGACAAUGGAUGUGCUCGCGCAGUCACGUCAAUAUGUAAUGCGAAAAAGUAUAAAAAAAAAAAAAAGGAUGAGCUGAAAUAUGUCAUGCGAAACAGCAUCAAUUGCCAAAAAGGAAAGCGAAAAAAUGAAUGCAUGCACAAAGGUGAUAAAUGUCAAAAAAUGGCUUCUAGAGUGAUAAGUAUAUCAAUAUCCCCAUGAUGAGUACGCCUAAGGCCAGGAAAAGCUGUGUGUAAUCUAUUGAUGUGCUGCAUGAUGCUUGUUUGUCCCUUAUGGAAAUGCCCUAUUACUUGGGGGCCACAAUAGCAUGCGCUUGUAAAUAACUAGCAAAGCGGGCAAAGACACCUCCAAGUAAUAGGCAAGGCGAUAUUAUAUAGAUUGCAACCAGCCCAGUACAAGAAGGUCUUCGGCGCCAUUUGUCCAGCAGCAUACAGCCCAAGAGACGACAGGGCGAGAGCCCUGCAAGACCGGGCGUCGAUAGUAAGAACAAAAACAAAAAUCAAAAUGCACGCAUACACGCGCACUGCUUAACUGUGUGAAAGGUGUCGGCCCUGAUCGACCUGCUGCGGCAGGCAGGUGAAUUCGUAGAACUGAUUCACAUGUUAAGUAACGCACACCGGCCUCCUAGAUUAGUGAUGAAUUUAUAUGCGAAAAGCAGCCCUCCCUCUAUGUGAUCUGACCUCCCUCUACCUCCCCUGGUGGACGUCUCCCGCGGCUUACGGCUCUGGACGUUAACUAGGAUCGAGUGCGUUGUGCGGGUUUAGGGUUUUGAAUAUUUAAUUUUGUAUCUCCCACUGCUGCAUGCACCCUGCUGCAGAACUUGUGAUGCAAAACAACCUCCGGGUUGUUCCCGCGCUUCAGGAGUAGUUCUGUUGCGUGCGGGCAGCAGAAGAUGAGUAAUGCUGUUGGUUUAGGGGGUUGAAAAUGUUUGUGCAUGUGUAAUGCAAAAGAUGAAAAAGAUUCGCGCGUGGGAGCGCAUUUUUAAGCACAACGGGCGGGUGCCGUUCCCGCCGUCACACAAUCACAUACAAUACAAUACAGCAGAGUGGGGCCCAAUUAAAAAAAAAUAAAAAAUAUGCAUGACAAACUUGGUAACCUUUCAGACCCAGACAUUUUUGCAUUUGAUACAUGUGGUCGAUUGGCAACAAGCCCGAGUCGUGCUCCGCCAUGCAGCCGGGGCGGACAAACAUCAACGGGGAUGACUUGAUAUGAACUGCAAAAGCAUCGUACUCGUAUAAAUGCACUACAAAUUAUUUUCUCAGCAUGAGAGAUAAAAUUUAAAUUUGUAAUGCGGAUUUACCUUAAGAUAAAGUAAUGCAUGACUGCAAUACGAAUACGAUACUUUUGCACAGGAUACUUGACGGACGCGGGCCGGUUCUACAUGAAAGACAUCAUCAAGGACCGCAACUUGCGCGAUUUAUCGCAAGAAAAAACUGUUUCACUGUGAACUUGUGAUGCAUAGAAUGGAACACAGAACUAUUUGUCUUGCUACAUCUGCAAGACCUUGACUCUUUAAGGGUGUUUUCAUUCCGCCCCUUGGGAAGCGCGCAUGGCAAAUUUUCUGUGCCAUGUGUAUAACAGAGAAACUUGUGAUGCAGAUCUUGUAUAAAGCAUCACAGUAAAACAGUUUUUUCGUGGGAUACGAUUACGCUGCGGACUACAAUCUGCACUGCCCGGACGACCCGAGCUGAAGCUGCUCAAAGGGUUUGGUACUUAUUCUAUUCUUUCAGUUCUGGUUCUUUUGACGCAUUCGCUUCAACAUUCCACUUCACUUACAAUUACAACAGCAGCAUUUCGAUUUCUUUUUCUAUACUUUUAUUUUCCGCGUAAAAACUAUGAGUUAGUUGUAGUUCUUCAACCACCUUUUUUUUUUUACCUGAAUCACAGUCCCCACUUCCAACGGCGACAGUCGAGCACGCUUGCGUGCACAAUUUUACCAAAAAGGACGGCCGGUAUUGUAUACGUCUCUUAUUCUUUUUCUUUUAUUCAUAUUUUCCCCAGAAGCAAGCAUUUUGCAGCCCAUAUUUAUUUUGCAGCACGUUUUCAAGCAACCAUGUGCAUGUCCCCCUCGAUUUCCCCCCUCUAGGAAGAAAUCAUGCAGCACUGCCCCCGUUUUCAGGACCGAUGCUUGUGAAACAGAAUUAUGGUACCCGU